AUGAAACGACGGGGACCGCCCGACGGCGCCGGGAAGGUCACGCGCGCCUACAGCACCUUCAUCGUCAUCGCCGAGCCGAGCGUCCAUAGCCACAUAUGGGCGUCGCGCCUGCUCACGACUGCGCGCGAGAUCCUCGUCGCGAUCGCCGAGUUUCUCGACGCGAGCGAGCUCUUGUCGCUCUCGAGCAGCUGCCGGUACCUCUAUCACCUCAUGGACGCGUCGCUAUGGGAUCGCGUGCUUCGCACGCAGCUCAAGGUGUCGCCGACGCGUAUCAAGCCGAGCACGAACCGGCGGCUCCUCGUUGCGACCUGCGUGCGCAAGAACACGUGCUACCAAUGCCAGCGGUACAUGCCGCGUGGCUGCAAGACACUGCGGCGAUGCCCACCGCAGUACAACGACUGGAAGCUGUGCCAGCGCUGCUUGCGCUUGCCGCAAUUCGCCGCCGAUGGCCACUGCCGGCGACGCCUUGACCUCUCGUGCUUGACGCCGGAACGGCUCUUGACGCCGCAGCCGUGCCAGGCGAUUUCGCCCGAAUACUGCAGCUGCCUCGACUACAAAAAGCAGAUACAUGGUCUCCUCGCGCUCCUCAACCGAAGCGACGCGACGAGUCCGACGUCGGGUAGCCAGUCCAAUGCCAGUCUCUUCUCGUCCGACUCGGACGACUUUGAUGGCCACACGUUUAGCUGA